AUGGCUUCCACUUCUUCAGUGUCAAUGGCAAUGCCACUAACAUACACCAACCAGAAGAGGGUGGUGAAUGGAUCUGAGGCAUUCUUCAAUCCACUGCCUCUACGGUCUUCAAAGGCUGUGACAUCAUCAAAACACGGUGGAAGAUUUCAAGUCAAAGCCUCCAUGAAGGAAAAAGUUGUGACGGGACUCACAGCGGCAGCAUUGACAGCUUCAAUGGUGGUUCCUGAUGUGGCUGAAGCAGCCGUUUCACCUUCUCUCAGGAACUUCUUGCUCAGCAUCGCAGCUGGUGGAGCUGUGGUUGCAGUUAUUAUUGGCGCUGUCAUCGCUGUAUCCAAUUUCGAUCCCGUCAAGCGAGGCUGA